AAGACGUUGUCCGCUCUUACCAAGGCAGCUGCUAAAUGACGCACAAGACCAGCCAAGGAGCGCUUGGAGGCAGGCAAACUUAUACACAGCCUCCUUGCCCGCUGCAGGUAUAACUCUCCUACGCUCCACAGGGUAAGACACACAUACCAAUUAAUGUCAGCUUAAGUCGCCGUGCUAUCCGAAGCACCCCUUGUCCGUUCAACUGAGUCUAUCACAUUUACUCCGGAUUCAUAUCUCUUUCGAUCUUAGAUCUAGUACCUCCUCACAAUGGAGAGCGGAAAGCUAGCUCCACCUACUCUGCAGGUCAACACCCGGCAAAGAGCAGCAAGUAACGCGGACACCAUCACAUCCUCCACAUCCGACCCUUUCCGCACACCGGUAUCACCCUUAUCAGACGUAGCCCCUAGCAAUGCGUCAACAGCCGUAAACGACCCAGAGACAGCAUUACUUCCCGACCCAGGGACAGAAGCAGACUUUGAAGUCGCCAACAACCCUUUCGCCUAUUCGCCAGGGCAGUUGAACAAGCUAUUCAACCCUAAAUCACUAUCCGCCUUCCAGGCGCUAGGUGGCUUGCAAGGUAUCGCUCGUGGGCUACAGUCCGACACACAUUCUGGACUGAGCGUCGACGAAGCGGGUGUUCCCCAGCAGAUAACAUUCGACCAAGCCGUACACGGCACGACUACAGACAAAAAGACAGAACGAACAAGUAGUGGCAGCAAUCCUUUCGAGGAUCGAAUCCGUGUUUAUGGGCGCAACGUCUUGCCCGCUAAGAAGGCCACGCCUCUAUGGAAACUUACAUGGAACGCCUACAACGACACAGUACUUAUCGUCCUUACUGUCGCUGCCGUAAUCUCGCUCGCGCUUGGCCUGUAUGAAACAUUUGGUGCGGAGCACGAGCCCGGUGCUCCUACACCAGUCGACUGGGUAGAGGGCCUCGCUAUCUGUAUCGCCAUCAUCAUUGUCGUCUUGGUCACUGCUGUCAACGACUGGCAAAAAGAGCAAGCAUUCGUUCGCCUCAAUGCAAAGAAAGAAGAGCGCGAGAUCAAGGUCACCCGGUCCGGCAAAGCGGUAAUGAUCAGUGUCUACGAUGUACUGGUCGGCGACGUCAUCCACAUGGAACCUGGAGAUGUCGUUCCCGUCGACGGCAUCUUUAUCGAAGGCCACGAUGUUAAAUGCGACGAGUCCUCGGCAACUGGAGAGUCGGACGCCCUUCGCAAGAUGCCCAGCGCCAUGGUCUUGAAAGCGUUGGCGGAAGGCCACUCGCAGAAGGGACUCGAUCCGUUCAUCAUCUCGGGCGCCAAAGUCAACGAGGGCCUUGGUACCUACAUGGCUACCUCCGUCGGUGUCCACAGCUCUUUCGGCAAGAUCAUGAUGUCGGUGCGCAGCGACAUGGAGGUAACUCCCCUCCAGGAGAAGCUCGGACGCCUUGCUGUCGCUAUCUCUAAGAUCGGUAGUGCUGCUGCUGGUAUCCUCUUCUUCGUCCUGCUCUUCCGCUUUGUUGCCUCGAUCUCUGGCGACGGCCGAACACCCACCGAGAGGGGAGAGGCAUUCAUGGAUAUCUUGAUUGUUGCAGUCACGAUUAUCGUGGUGGCUGUUCCCGAAGGUCUUCCCCUUGCUGUAACACUUGCCCUGGCUUUCGCUACCACAAGGAUGCUGAAAGAGAACAACCUCGUUCGUGUGCUGCGAGCAUGCGAAACGAUGGGUAAUGCCACUGCCAUCUGCUCGGAUAAGACAGGAACUCUCACCACCAACGUAAUGACGGUCGUUGCCGGCAAAUUCGGUUACACUACCUUCGCGCAGUCUGACAGCGAGACCGGCACGACUGUCCAGUCCUGGGCAUCUGAUGUCACUCCAGCUGCCAAAGAGCUCCUCGUCCAGUCGAUUGCGAUCAACUCUACCGCUUUCGAGGGUCAAGAAGACGGGAGAAAGGUUUUCAUCGGAUCCAAGACUGAGACUGCGUUGUUGCAACUCGCCAGCGAUCACCUCGGGCUUGUCUCACUCGCCGAAACCCGCGACAGCGAAGAGGUCGUUCACAUGAUGCCAUUCGACUCGAGCAAGAAGUGCAUGGCUGCUGUUAUCAAGCUCAAGACAGGCGGUUACCGCCUCAUUGUCAAGGGUGCCUCCGAAAUUCUUGUCGGCAUGUGCUCAGAGCAAGCCAACUUCAGCACACUUGAGACUGAGCCUCUUACUGAGGAGGGUCGUCAGGCACUUCUCGCCACUAUCAGCGAGUUUGCGAACAAGUCUCUUCGCACCAUCGGUCUCGUCUACCAGGAAUACACUCAAUGGCCUCCAGCUCACGCCAGUUUCACCGAGACCGGCAGUGUCGACUUCGGAUCCAUUCUUCGCAGCCUUGUCUUCUUCGGUGUAGUCGGUAUUCAAGAUCCUGUCCGCCCUGGCGUACCCGAGGCUGUCCGCAAAGCCCAGGGUGCAGGUGUCACAGUUCGCAUGGUCACCGGUGACAACAUGCAAACGGCACGUGCCAUCGCAACAGAGUGCAACAUCUACACAGAAGGUGGCGUGGUCAUGGAGGGCCCUGAUUUCCGACGUCUCUCUGAGUCAGAGAUGGACGAGGUCAUUCCCCGCCUCCAGGUUCUUGCUCGUUCCUCGCCCGAAGACAAGCGUAUUUUGGUCACCCGUCUGAAGGCGCUCAACGAGAUUGUUGCCGUUACCGGUGAUGGUACCAACGACGCACCUGCUCUCAAGGCUGCCAACAUCGGUUUCUCCAUGGGUAUCUCAGGUACUGAGGUUGCCAAGGAAGCAUCUGCGAUCAUUCUCAUGGACGACAACUUUUCGUCGAUUAUCACCGCCCUCAUGUGGGGACGAGCAGUGAACGACGCCGUGCAGAAGUUCCUUCAGUUCCAGAUCACUGUCAACAUUACUGCUGUCUUGCUCGCCUUCGUCACAGCCAUCUACGACGAUGAGAUGAAGCCCGCGCUCAAGGCCGUGCAACUGCUUUGGGUCAACCUCAUCAUGGACACCUUCGCCGCCCUCGCCUUGGCCACCGAUCCCCCUACCGAGCGUAUUCUGAACCGUCCUCCCCAGGGCCGCGACAAGCCCCUCAUCACCACCACCAUGUGGAAGCAGAUCACCGGUCAGAACAUCUACAAACUCACCGUGAUCUUCGUGCUCUACUUUGCUGGUGGCGAUAUCCUUGGCUACGACCUCUCGAUCCCCGAGAAGAAGCUUGAGCUUGACACCGUCAUCUUCAACAGUUUCGUCUGGAUGCAGAUCUUCAACAUCUUCAACAACAGGCGUUUGGACAACAAGCUCAACAUCUUCGAGGGCAUUCAGCGCAACCACUUCUUCUCUUUCAUCGUCGUCCUCAUCAUCGGUCUCCAGGUCAUGAUCAUCAUGGUCGGCGGCCGCGCCUUCCAGAUCACACCCGGCGGUAUUGACGGCACGCAGUGGGCAAUCUCAAUCGUCACUGGCUUCAUUUGCAUUCCGUGGGCCGUGGCAAUCAGGUACUUCCCCGAUGAAUGGUUCGCGGCUAUUGCGCACGUUGUCGGCAUUCCAUGUGUCAUUGUCUACAAUUGGCUCGGGAAGGGAUUCUCUGCGAUUGGCGGUCUGUUCAGGAAGAAGAAGACACAGGACCCGGAGAAGGAUGUUGCGAUCGCUACGCCACCCAUCGUUGUGGUUGACGAUGCGGCAUCAUUUCAGGAGAAGAACAAGUCUCAGGUGUAAUUUGGGUCGCGCUCCCAUCGCAUAGAUUGUAUUUUGUACUGCAUAGC